UCUGCAUAACCUUUAUCGUUACAACCUAACAACUGCUACAUUGUCCCUAAAAUAUCAAGCUUAAUUUUGCUUAAAGAAAUUAUAAUGUUGUAUUGUUGAAUGUUUAUCGAAAAUUUAUCAUAAAAAAUGUUUUAUUUAUGAGAAAAUCAAUGUUUAAUUUUUAUUACAAAAUAAUUUAGAUCGAAUCUCAUAGCGCACAUAGGAAAACAGCUGUUUCCUAUAGUCCAUUAUAUUAUUCAUACACUUCCCAAUAAAAAAAACUCUGUAGCGAUAUUAUGGUCGUAACUUUUUGUGUUAAUAUCAGUUAAAUAUAUAGUUAUUAUCGUAUCAAAAGUGAAUAUUGAAAUGAGUCACAUAUUUAUAGGAGGCAGACCAUUUUUAAUUUCAUGAAGAAACGGUAUUGUGUUAAUUUAUAAUAGUAUUAUCGACAAAGUAUUAUCUUUAAAGGAGUACGUUUAAUUUAACACAAUAAAUGGAUAAACUACGGAGAGUGCUGAGUGGUAAUGAUCAGUAUGAUGAAGAAAGUGGUAUUAUUGAUCAGGUUAUGGACCAAAGUACAUUAUCUUGGUCCACUCGGAUAAAGGGUUUUGCUAUAUGUUUUAUUGUUGGUAUACUCUGUUCCAUCCUUGGAUCAUUUGCUUUAUUUUUACAUAAAGGACUUACAGUAUUUGCCGUGUUUUAUACAUUAGGAAACAUUGUUUCACUACUGAGUACAUGCUUUUUAAUGGGACCAUGUAGUCAAUUAAGAAAGAUGUUUGCUGCAACAAGAAUAGUUGCAACAGUUUUAGUAUUUGUUGCACUCGGAAUGACACUCUUUGCAGCAUUAUAUCUAAAAAACCCUGGAUUGGCCCUUUUAUUUAUAAUUAUUCAAUCACUGGCAAUGACAUGGUACUCUCUUUCUUACAUACCUUAUGCACGUGAUGCUGUUAGGAAGACUGUGGAAUCUUGUAUUACAUGAAAGGAACCUUAAGAACAUAUAGUGAACCAAUUUGCUUAAAAUGUGUUCACAGUCUAUGUUGCACAAGUUAUAAACUGAACUAUAAAAUUAACUUAAAAAUGUGAAAUAUAACAUUAAGAAACUUGAUAUAAAUAAAUAUGCAUUUAUUUUUGAAAUGCUUAAUGUUUAUCUGUACUUGAAUGACAAUACGAUGAAAAUGUUUAUCAAUAUA